UGCACGAAUAGAUAGAUAAUGGUUGUUCAGUUAUCAGAGUACUUAUUAGGGCCUAAAUCACGAAAUUCAAAGUGGGUUUUCCCGUUUAUUACAUAUGAGUCAAAAUAAUAGAUAGUAAAAAGAAAAAGGAGAAGAAGAAAGGCAAGAAGACAUCCACAUCAGCAGCAUCAUUGCAUAGAUCAGUUGCCACCCCACCCCUUCACACCAACCAUAAAUUCCAAAAUAAUCCCAAUUUUCCUCCCCCUUUUUCCAUAUUCAAUCAAUCUUCUGUCAUUUCAAAAUGUUCUCACAGCCCCUCCUCCCACUUCCCACCAUAUUCAUCCCUCCUUCUUCUGUCUCUACCUCAGAGACACCCAUUGAAAUCCGAGGAGCAAAGAUUUUGGAGCAACAACAGAUCAAGACAGGGCCUGCCGUGCGAAUGGAUAAUGCAAGUUUCACUUGCACCACUCUGAUUCUACUCCUCUUCACUCACUGCAUCUCCCCAGGGUCAAGUACUUCUUCAAUUAGGCAAUCCCAAAAAGCAGGGCAAAAGGACAUCACCACCCCAAUCACGACGGUGCCUACAAUUAGUAUCCCCACCAUGCCCAUCGUAAACCCUACUUCCACCCCCGACACCGUGUCUCCGGCCAUGGCGACCCCAAGCUUCGGCCCGGCAACCACCGCCGGCGGCUCCAGCUGGUGCAUUGCCAGCCUCGGCGCCUCCCAGGCGGCGCUGCAGCUGGCUCUGGACUAUGCCUGCGGCGUGGGCGGCGCCGAUUGCGGGCCGAUUCAGGGCGGCGGAAGGUGCUAUAACCCCAAUUCGGUUCGCGACCAUGCUUCUUACGCCUUCAAUAGCUAUUACCAGAAGAAUCCGCUUCCGAAUAGCUGUAAUUUUGGAGGGACUGCUGUGAUCACCAGCACCAAUCCCAGCAGCGGCACGUGCGAGUACCCAUCAACAAGCACAAGUUCAACGGUCCUGAACACUACAAAUUCAAGCGGCUCCACCGUGUUCGGCGCUGUCCCUGCUGGCCGUGGGCCCUCCUCCUCCCACGCAAUCAGAUCUCGCCACGUGGCGUAUUGGGAGUCCUCCCUCUUACUCUUUACAACUCUCCUUUUUGUGGCUUCCCAGUCUAGUUUUAGUUGAAUCCAAAAUUUCUUUUGGAAUUUUCAGCACUAUUUUUCUCCACCUUUCAUAGUUUUUUGUAAAUUAGUUGUUAGAGAUAAUAAUUCAAGUUUAUAGUUCAAUACAAGAAACCCAAGCCACAGAUUUCUAUGAAGAGAAAAAAAAACCCCCCAAAUUUAUUUUCCACUUUUUGUGCAUACACAUUGUUGAGCACAAUCUA